GCCUCCAUACCCGGCCACCACUCAGCGACAGAGGCCGCGGCGGAGGAGGAGCGCGGGCAGCGGAACGCGGCAGGCCCGGGACCCCGUUUCCUGGGGAGUCGAAUGAAAAGGCACUCGGGAGCUAUUUCUGAACGGACUUGGGCGUGUCGGACCAGUGAGCGGCGGCGGCUGCGCGGCGGCAGCGGCAGAAAGCGUAGCGGCUUUGCUGUAGUCCACGCCCCCUUGCCGCUCCGGUGACAGUCUCCGCGGAAAGUCACGUUUGUGAUUUCGGGAGAGCACAGAGUGGGACGACGGCGCUCUUGCUGGGUCAUCUGGGCCAGGUGACGAAGAAACAGUUUCCCGGUGAAGCAGCCCCUCACCCCUAGUCAGCCCACACCCCUAGGGCCUAAAGAUGCUGAGGUCUGUAUGGAAUUUUCUGAAACGCCACAAAAAGAAAUGCAUCUUCCUGGGCACGGUCCUUGGAGGAGUAUAUAUUCUGGGGAAAUAUGGACAGAAGAAAAUCAGAGAAAUACAGGAAAGGGAGGCUGCAGAAUACAUUGCCCAAGCACGACGACAAUAUCAUUUUGAAAGUAACCAGAGGACUUGCAAUAUGACAGUGCUGUCCAUGCUUCCAACACUGAGAGAGGCCUUAAUGCAGCAACUGAAUUCCGAGAGCCUCACAGCUCUGCUAAAAAACAGGCCUUCAAACAAGCUAGAAAUAUGGGAGGAUCUGAAGAUAAUAAGUUUCACAAGAAGUAUUGUGGCUGUAUACAGUACCUGUAUGCUGGUUGUGCUUUUGCGGGUCCAGUUAAACAUAAUUGGUGGAUAUAUUUACCUGGAUAAUGCAGCAGUUGGCAAAAAUGGCACUACAAUUCUUGCUCCCCCAGAUGUCCAACAGCAAUAUUUAUCAAGUAUUCAGCACCUACUUGGAGAUGGCCUGACAGAAUUGAUCACUGUCAUUAAACAAGCUGUGCAGAAGAUUUUAGGAAGUGUUUCUCUUAAACAUUCUUUGUCCCUUUUGGACUUGGAGCAAAAACUAAAAGAAAUCAGAAAUCUCGUUGAGCAGCAUAAGUCUUCUUCUUGGAUUAAUAAAGAUGGAUCCAAACCUUUAUUAUGCCAUUAUAUGAUGCCAGAUGAAGAAACUCCAUUAGCAGUGCAGGCCUGUGGACUUUCUCCUCGAGACAUUACCACUAUUAAACUUCUCAAUGAAACUAGAGACAUGUUGGAAAGCCCAGAUUUUAGUACAGUUUUGAAUACCUGUUUAAACCGAGGUUUUAGUAGACUUCUAGACAAUAUGGCUGAGUUCUUUCGACCUACUGAACAGGACCUGCAACAUGGUAACUCUAUGAAUAGUCUUUCCAGUGUCAGCCUGCCUUUAGCUAAGAUAAUUCCAAUAGUAAACGGACAGAUCCAUUCAGUUUGCAGUGAAACACCUAGUCAUUUUGUUCAGGAUCUGUUGACAAUGGAGCAAGUGAAAGACUUUGCUGCUAAUGUGUACGAAGCUUUUAGUACCCCUCAGCAACUGGAGAAAUGAUUUUUCCUUCAAGAAAAACUGCAGUGGGAUUCAUUUACUUUUUAAAAUACACUGGGUAAAUCACCUAUACUUAGAGUAACAGUUUGUUAUCAAAAUGCCUGAUAAAAUAUAUUCUUAAUAAAAGUCUUCAUUUCAUAAUGAAAUCAAUUUAUUUGGCAUCUUAAUAUAUUUUUUUAGAUUCAUCAACAGACCAGUUUUUGUGGGCAUAUAUAUGUACACAUGUGCAAAUAUCAGAAUUGUUAAUAAUUUGUUACACAUGGACAUUUGUUCCAAACUGACUAAAAAUCAAUAUAGAUAUUUUAUAUACAUAUAUAUAUAAAAAUAUGAAAUUCAGUGUACUUUACCAUAUUAAUACUGAGGAAAAAUCUGUUGGAGACAUAGGUCUAGGAUGUGUGAAGUUUGGAAAAAUAUGCUAUUUAAUUAUAAUGUUCCCUAGACUGCUGUAAACAGAAGUGAAUCAGACUUUUCUCCAGCUACCCUUCAAAAUAAUAAAUUAUUUGUCUCAAAUAUACCUUGAUGGAGGACUUUUUUAUUCUUAUGGAAAUAGUGAAUUUCAACAACUAUGAUGAACUAUUGUUCCUUUGCUAUUUCUUCACUAUAUUUUUUAAGGUUUUAUUAAAAAGCCUUAGAAAGUUGCAUAUUGAUUUAGAGGCUAAAAUUGUGUUGAUGCUGUUUACUCACCUAAUUACAUAGUUUUAAUCAUUUGUAUGUACAUAAUUUUAAAAACUUACUUUGUAUUGAUUUUGAAUACAGUGAAAAUCUUAUUGCAAUAAACUAUUUUAGUAAAA